GCUCGACCUCCUUCGUUGGGGGAAGCGCGCCCGCGCUCAAGUGAAAGCACACCUCCCGCGCUCGAGCGCAGAAAGCGAGGCACGCGCGUCGCUCGCGCACCAGCCAGGACACGCUCUCUCGCGCUCGCGCUCCCCACACUCACUCACGCGCACACGUUAUAGAGAUGCAGUGAUGACCAGAGUCGGUCUUUAAACCGCGUUUUUUUAGUUAGAAAAAAUAAUAAUAAAAGUCAUAUUUAUUGUUUAUUUCUUGGUGAAAAUGUUUUCGGAGUGACCAAAGGAGACGUUUGGAAAUAUUUGUUUUGGAUAUUCGGCCACUCGUGAGGACUAUGAUGUGGACAUUCAGACGCCACGACGGAUGACAUCCGGAUGAAGAUGAACACAGAUUGUCAGAAACAUAUUCAAACACCACAACCAGAAAUCCAAAGUCGUCUAGCCAUUACAGUGCACUCCACCCUCAUGUCAAGACCUUGUCUGUCUUCCCGAGGUGCUAAACCUCCAGUUGCUCCAAAGCCAAAACUCUCUGCUCAGCAAGAAGGUGAACACAGCCAAUGCAUUGUUAGUAAUGGAGAUGUCGCAUCAGAAUUGGAACUAGCACAGGACAGUGAAUCGGAAUCCACACAAGAUGAAGCUGACCCACCAGGAGAGACCUAUGGUGAGGACAAUUCUGAACAGUUAGUUAACAAUCAUGAUGGUACUGAUGAUAAAGAAACAGAAGUCCUGCAGAUGGGGGUAGAAGAAAGAGAUGAAAUAGAUGGAGAAGAAAAGGAGAGCAACUUUGAAGUUGUUAAUGAACCUCUAAUGAAUGAGGUAAAAAAUGUUAGUGUUUCAGCUGCUUUAGACCACAUCAAAGAAACAGAUGAUUCACACCCACAACCAGUCCCAGGUGAUCCUGAUGAUACAGCAGUUGAUCCUGUUGAGAAAGAGACCGCCAUGGAGUAUCAAACAAGGGAUGAAUCAGAGGCUGUCAAUAGCAAUCUGAGCCCUUAUGAAGAAAUUGAGGAGUCUCCUUCAAAUCAGGGCAGUACUUAUGAAGAGAUAGAUCGUGCCGAGGAGCUUAUGUCAGACACUGCUAAUGAUAUAGAGGAGCCUUGUUUUAAUGACAAAGAGUCCCUCUGUGGAACCUCAGUAGAUACUACAGCCAAUAAGUUAUGUGAGAGUAGCACAGGGGAUUCCUCAAAUGCACCGGCUGGAUUUUCUUCUCAGGCUAUGAAUGGCAGUCAGCCCUCCCUGUGUGAGGAAUACCCAUAUGAUGUCAUCGGACCUCUGGAUGACACCAGUGCAUGGCAGCCAGAACGUGCCACCAAAGACGAAUCAGGACGCUUCAGAUUCUCAGAGAGAGCAGAGGAUGUGUUUGAGCCUUACUCGGUCAUAGAGGUGGUGCCUGCUGAUCUAAUGAGUACCUCAGAUCCCGAACUAGAGGGUGCAGAUGAGGACUGUAGCGAAGAGAAAGCAAAAAUGGCAACCACUCAGGAGCCUUUUUACGUUUCACCCGAUGCUGUAGCAGAAGUAGAAGAAGAUCAGGGUCAGGUGGAGGACAAUGGAAAUUUACUUAAUGAACCAUUGGAGGAGGAGCUUAAGGAAACUUUAACGAGAGAUGAAGUAGAUGAGUACGCCAACAUAGAAGAUUCUCUUUGCCAGGACGAAGACGAUCAGCAGCUGGAGUGUGCGUCGUCUGAGGAUUAUGUAGAGAUAGGUGAUGAAGAUGAGCCCGUGGACAUGAAACGUAAAACGAAAGGGAAGAACACAAAAGAGCGCUCAGCCAUUCGCAGGCAAAGUGGUGUGAGCAAGAGAAGCAGCUGCCAACCGCGGCUUAGACUUUGCGAUAUAACAGUGCCUCCUGGCCUCGACUUGGGCAGGACUCCUGAACUAACAAAUCGUUUAGUGUUCGCCCACACCACCGAGGCAUUUGAGGAGGACAUAGAGGACCUCGACUGCCACAUAGUGCCUUUUUUUGAGGACUCUGAAUCAGAUAGUGAUGAGCACAUUUACGAGGAGGCAGGCUUUGACUCGGAAGGAGAGAACUUUAUCACUCUGGACAGAAAGACCAUUGUGACUCGCUCACGGUCACUUUCUGGCAAAGUACCCGGAUAUGUCCCUGAGACUGUUCCCGAGGAGACAGGCAACGAGUCUCAAACUCAUGACUAUUAUACUGUGUCCUUGGACCAAAAUGGAGAUCUAUUGAAAGUCUCAGAUAAUUCAGAGUCCAACCGGAAGAUCCAUUCGCUGAACUCUAGACGGUUCCUGUUCACCCCACGAUCUUAUUCUGCAGAGGGCAGAGACAUAACACUAUCAGCCCAUUUGGAGGGCAGUCAUUCACCCAGAGUGGACAGAGUGAAACGGACAGAUGACACUCUUUCUCUACCUUGUGUCAUCUCUUCUUCUGGCAGCUUUUCUCAAAGAAGCCAUCAGUCCUCUAGUGGUGUGUCUACACCUACAUCUCUUGUUGACAUCCCACCACCCUUUGAGCUGGCUUACAUCACCAAGAGGCCUAUCACUAAAAGUUCACCAUCUCUACUUAUUCAACAUGAAUCUAACGACAGGCCGAAAAAGAAAAAGACUUCAUUUAAGCGUUUUCUGGGUCUUAAGUUCAGGUGGAAACCCGACAGCAAAUCGCACGCUGAUGGCAGCGUACGUUCUUCCAGAUCGUCAUCUGAAUCUAGCCACCAUGGCCCUGCUCGGGUAAUAGAGCUGGAUCGGCGGAGCAAUGGCAGCUCCCCUCAACCUCAGUCCCGCAUCAUAAAACCACAACGCAACUCAGACUUUCCUGCCACAUUUUUGCUUUACAAAGACGGGCAGAAAAAGAAAGGUGUACCGAAAACCUAUGGCAACAGAGGCAUCUCCCGAGUCGAGUCUUUCGAGGAUCGAUCUCGGCCCCCCUUCAUACCACUCCCACUCACCAAACCUCGAUCCAUCUCCUUCCCAAGCGCUGACACUUCCGACUAUGAAAACAUUCCAGCCAUGAGCUCAGAUUAUGAGAAUAUCCAGAUUCCGGCGGGGAGGCCCACUCGGGCCGUCACCAUCACCGAGUUCUUUGACGACCAAAAUCGGACAGCAGCUGCAAACGAGAAUGACGGUUAUGUCGACAUGAACAUCUUUGCAGGAAUAGAGAACAAAACAAACGCACAAGAGCAAGAGACGGAGAGCUUUCGGAUGUAUAGAAGACUGAGUGCAUACACAGAACCUUUCCCCGUGUGUCCAGCUCCUGCCUUGAAUUUUACAGAGGAAGACCACGGGCGCACGUCAGAGGAGGAGGAAGGCAACGCUGAUCAGAGCUCUGACAGACAGAUUGAUGGUAGAUCCAGAGCGUACUAUGUAGCCAAAGAGCUGCUGGAUUCGGAGAGAGAACAUGUGAAGACACUGAAACUACUUCAAGUGGAUUUCAGGGCAGCAGUUGAAGAGGCAGCAGGGGAGGAUGGCGAGCCCGUGGUGGAGGAGGGAACGAUGGACAAGAUUCUCAGCACUCUGCCUCAGGCCUACCAGCUCCACACAGACAUCCUUACACAACUGGACUCCCGCAUUCAACAGUGGGAAGAGAGCCCAAAGAUAGUGGACGUCUUUUUGGAGCACUGUGAGGAGUUUGGGAUUUUCGCGACCUACAUUUGCGCUUAUGACCGCAGCAUGGCUCUGCUGGAGGAGAGCUGCAGACGGAGCAAAGCCUUCGCUGAUGUCGUCAAACGCUUCGAGCAGCAGAAUUCCGAGGGAGUGCAGAUUCCUGUGAAACACCAGCUGCUGCAGAUCAUCGUGCGGGUCCUCCAAUACCGCAUGCUUCUCACAGAUUACUUGAACAACCUUUCCCCUGACUCUAAAGAAUAUGAAGACACACAAGCUGCGUUGGUGAUUGUGUCAGAGGUUGCAGACCAGGCCAACGACAACCUGAAAGAGGGGGAGAACUUGCUGCGUCUAGUCCACAUUGAGUACAGUGUGAAGGGGAAGAGAAGUCUGCUGCAGCCAGGAAGAGUGUUUGUGAAAGAGGGCACGCUUAUGAAGGUCUCACGAAAGAGCCGACAGCCUCGACAUCUGUUCUUGAUGAACGACAUGAUCCUGUACACCUACCCUCAGCAGGAUGGGAAAUACAGGAUGAAAAACACUCUUCUUCUCACUGGGAUGAAGGUUAGCAAACCGGUCAUUGAUAACGUCCUCAACACACUAAGGAUCGAGGUCAAUGAUGUCAACAUCACGCUCUCAGCCAGCUCUGUAGGAGAAAGAGAGGACUGGUUCCACACUCUAAGCCGAGCUAUAGCCGACCACGCUGCAGGCCUCAAUACGUUUAGCUCCUCCAGCGAGGCCAGAGAGAAGCUGUGGAUGUCUUUGGGAGAAGCCGCACCUGUCCUGGUGCCCAUUUCUCACGCCAUGAUGUGCAUGAACUGCACGUCGGAUUUCAGUCUCACCUUGCGCAGACACCAAUGCAACGCGUGUGGCAAGGUGGUGUGUCGCUCCUGCUCCAGAAACAGAUACCCACUGAAGUAUCUGAAGGACCGAAUGGUUAAAGUGUGUGACCGCUGCUACAAUGAGCUCAAGAAACGAGGUGGGAAUGUUCCUAUUCCAUGUGGUAGUGCGAGCCCACACACACAGCGUGCCAGCAGACCUCUGUCCGCCGUGUUUCAGAGCCUGCAGCCUCCCAGCCUGUGGAAGAACAGGAAGAGCAGCACAACAUCACCUCUUGCUCAGGUAUCUGUGGGCGCUGAAGGCUCCACUAUGAGUGGAAGUUUGCAGAGGCGAAAGAAGAGCAAGCGGAAGUGGAAGAGGCUGUGGUUCCUGCUCAAAGACAAGGUGCUCUACACCUUCACAGCUCGAGAGGAUAAGGUGGCGAGUGAAAGUUUGCCUCUUCGGGGCUUCACGGUAAAACUUUCUGAUCACUCCGAGGGUGAGGACGCUGGUGGGGUCUUUCAGCUCUACCACAAAAAAACUCUGUACUAUACGUUCCGAGCGGACGAUCAUUACACUGCACGAAGAUGGGUGAAUGCCAUGGAGGAAGCCACCAUAUUAUAGUAUUAACUGAAGCCGUGGGACUGUAAAGUCGUGACUCUUUUUAAAAACAAAGACGGAAGCGCAUGUUGAACAACAACUCACCCCCGACCUGAAGGCUUUUUCUUUCAUGCAUAUAUAUAUAAACGGAGUUGUUUCUUCAUACAACAUACUGGAAAUUCCACGAUGGAACAAGAGACAAUGUGACUUGACGCAUCUCUCUGAAGAAAAAGUGCAGAAUGUACAUAAGCGAUAUAUAAAACAGAGGAAACUUUUUUACGAGUACAGAACAUUUUGCACACUUCGGGUUUGUCCGCUUCAAAUUUUCUAAGUAACAGAAAAGACACAGUAUUUGAUUUGAAAUUUCAGGCUCUCUGAAUUUUUAUACGGAUCGAUGCAAAUCAUGUGAAAUUCUAUUUACAAUUGAAGCGUAAGCAGAUUUGAUACCACACUGUAUAUUAGCUGUAUAUUUCAUCAUUAGAUAUUAGAAUUUAGGUUGUAAUAUACAUUGUUCCGGUUUGGUUUUCCAUCAGGCAUUAUUGUUUGUAAUUUACACAUUCAAUCUGAAUUUCUUACUGUAUGUGGCUUUCAGGAAUAGUUAAACACUCACACGUAACUUUGUAUUUGAAAAAGGCUUGUUGUGCAAAAGUUGCUUCUUUCGUAUUGCACUGGAGCGACAACAAUAGUGUAGGUAAAUAACAGAAGUAAGUGUAUUUUGUUUUAUAUUUUUGACAAAAAUACACCCGAAUCUACUCCCUUAAUCUAUGCCAUCUCCUUAUUUAAUAUUUUUAUUAUUAUUUACAAAUUUAGCUGAGAAAAUACAUAUAUUACUAUAUGCGUAAUUUUUUGCUAUACAUAAGAGGAGGUCCAACAGUAAUAUGUCUUUAUUCAAAAUUUUGAAGGCGUGGCUUAAAUGGGUGAUCUGACCAACAUUCUAUUGGAAGUGGGUGAACUAACACUAAUAUGUCUUUAUAUGUGCAAUUUUUUAAGGCAGAGCUUAAACAGCAGACUGACACCAACUACACUAAAGUACUAGUUUAGUUAACCAUAACCAAUAUGACUGCCAGCAUUUUUACUCCUUUUUGCACAUUUGUUCAGAUUUUAUAGAAGGUGGAGCUCCGAUUCCAAACUAAAGAAGUGACCAUGACAUACUAACAAUUAUGAUAAUGCUGAGUCAUUAAUUUUUCAUCAUAUAUCAUAUUAAGGCUUGAUUUCAGGCUCGAAUUUUUCUUCCUGCCAUUUCUAAACAAUUUCUUCCUGUCUUUUUUAUGACAAACUUGUUGUUUUUUUUCCAUUUCUAUAGACCUAGCUCAAUUUUGCCACUUUUAUAGUCUAGGCCUGACAUUUAUUUUUCUUUUAGUACUGCCUAUAUCUUUAGGAUGUCUUUUCCUGCUGUCAUUCACCUCAACACUGCACCAAGUACACUGUCAAGUACACCUUUGAAUGUCCUUCACAAGUUUUACAUCAUUUGUACACGCAGUAACCAGAUUUCAGGAAUGGCAUCGUGAGCCGCAUUCAAAUCGCGGAUGGAAAUCUGUCCACAAAGGAUUUCUCUCUAGGACAAAUGUCUCCACAGCAGGGACAGGAAAGGUGCAUGAUGAAUCUAAUAGCACUGCCUCUCUUUGUAUAAGUCGAUAUUUCUUUAAUAAUCCCUGCAUGCUGAAUCUUUUGGAUUUUAUAGAGCUGAGAUACUGACGAUCUGUUCUGCUGCACUGAUUUGUGAUGACGACUCAGUUUUGAAUUUAUCCAGGUUUAUUCUACUGUACAUGUUGACGAUGACACUGAGAAAACCGAGAAAAUGUGUUGCAAAUGAUACUGUAAGCUUCCUGUAGGUGCUUCACACCGACUGAGCCUUUUUUUUACUGCACACAAUAACGAAGCUUGUUCUGCUUCCUUUUCAUCUCCUGGUUUCUUUGUUUUAAAGGCAACGAUUUUAUGCCUUUGAGAAGAAAAAGAAUCAGAUCUAGGGAUGAACAGAAUGGCAAUUGGGACUUUCACUGUUACAGUCAUACACUGUGUUACUUUAUGGAGAUUCAUCUAUACAACAAAUCACAGAAUCUAGAGCAAUGUAAAUGAAUGUACAUACUAUUAAAAAAACAUGCAUUUUCUUUUAUUUGCACUGAAAGAAAAAAUAAAAAGAAAGUUAUGCCAUUUUUAUCAACAGUUUUAUCUGUUUUUAUGUGUUUGUUUUACAUGAGGUAAUAACAGUUUGAUCUUUGUUUUUCUUUUGUUUGUUUGUUUUUACUUUACACACUGACUCCUUUUUUUAUACUUAAUAUUAAGGUGAACCAACUGUAUGGAUUUGGGAUAAUAUUGUGCAAAUAAAUAUAGUAAAUAGA